UUCAAUUUCUUCCUUUUCCGGGCUUUUCUCUGUCGUCGCCCCCUCCACCUUGGGAUCAUGUUCAAGAAAUUUGAUGAAAAGGAAAAUGUAUCCAACUGCAUCCAGUUGAAAACCUCUGUUAUUAAGGGUAUUAAGAACCAACUGAUAGAGCAAUUUCCAGGUAUUGAAACAUGGCUUAAUCAAAUCAUGCCUAAGAAAGAUCCUGUCAGAAUAGUGCGCUGCCAUGAACAUAUAGAACUCCUUACGGUAAAUGGAGAGUUACUAUUUUUUAGGCAAAGAGAAGGCCCUUUUUAUCCAACCCUAAGACUACUUCACAAAUAUCCUUUUAUCCUGCCACACCAGCAGGUUGAUAAAGGAGCCAUCAAAUUUGUACUCAGUGGAGCAAAUAUCAUGUGCCCAGGUUUAACUUCUCCCGGAGCUAAACUUUACGCUGCUGCAAUAGAUACGAUUGUUGCAAUAAUGGCAGAAGGAAAACAACAUGCUCUGUGUGUUGGAGUCAUGAAGAUGUCAGCAGAAGAUAUUGAGAAAGUCAACAAAGGAAUUGGCAUUGAAAAUAUCCAUUAUUUAAAUGAUGGGCUGUGGCAUAUGAAGACAUAUAAGUGAGCCUCAGAAGGAAUGCACUUGGGCUAACUAU